GUAUCUAUGUCGACGAGCUCUGCACGUGGCAUCGAGGUGUACCAUUCAAAUCUCUAACAACCGUUGGAUCAUCUAAUCUAACGGUCUAAAACAUCUCUUCCUCAAAGCCGUUCAUAACUCUCAAAAACCCAAUCGGCAACAGCCGUGUAUCGGAAUUACCAAAAAAGCCAACUGUCCCCACGUGUCUUGUGAACUUCAUUCUUCUCUUUGCAGGGGCUUUUUUGUAGUUUAACCAGGACCCUCCUCUGAGUACACCUAAAAGUCACAGUCACAUGGCUGGUGACACAGACAUGCGACCAAUACGCUUCUCCUUCUAAACCGUCGAUUUAAUUACAUCUAACUCUAAGAUCUCGCCACGUGUCACUUUGAUUUAGAAAACUCGUCACAGUCCCGUGAGUGAAGAAUCACCCAGAUACCAACAGCUACCAGCUUUUAAAAACCUUCUCUCAUCCUCUUCCUCAAAGCCUCCUCCUUUUUAAUCUCACCAUGAAUGUUCUGAGAAACUGAAGAACAAAUUUGAGUCAUUUUGAUAAAUUUACGAAGAUGGUUUCGGUGGAGGAACCGUUAUCUCAUUCCAAUUCCAAUCGCUUUCCGUUAACAACCGAUUUCUACGGUUCAUCUUCGCCGUCGGCGGCGAGGUUACACCGUCAAGCUGGCCGGUCGAUGAGGACAGUGAGAUCUAACUUCUACCAAAGCGGUGAUCAAUCUUGCUCAUUCGUAGGCUCAAUCGGCGAUAAGUCGGAGUAUGCGUCGGAGUUUCUGUCGGAUUCCGUCAUCGACAUGAGACUCGGAGAGCUUGCUUUGAAAAACAGUAAUUCUCUCAAUUCAAACGCUUCCUCAAUGAAAGAGGAAGCGUUUCUUGACAUUUCUCAGGCGUUUAGUGAUUUUUCCGCUUGUAGUAGUGAUAUCUCCGGCGAGUUACAGCGUCUAGCUUGCUUGCCGUCGCCGGAUUCUGAGAGAAAUGAGAGCGGCGGAGAUAACGAAGCGGCGCAGGAUCCAGAGUUAGAGAGGGAGCCUUGUCUAGGGUUUCUACAGAGGGAAAACUUCUCUACGGAGAUUAUUGAGUGUAUUUCGCCGGAAGAUCUGCAACCAACUGUGAAACUCUGUAUUGACGGACUUCGCUCUACUUCGGUGGCGAUAAAGCGAUCUGCUGCGGCCAAGCUGCGGCUACUGGCGAAGAAUCGAGCGGAUAAUCGUGUGUUGAUUGGGGAAUCUGGAGCUAUUCAAGCUUUGAUUCCACUUCUUCGUUGUAACGAUCCAUGGACGCAAGAGCACGCAGUUACAGCUCUCUUGAACCUCUCUUUACACGACCAGAACAAAGCUGUAAUCGCCGCAGGAGGAGCGAUUAAAUCACUAGUGUGGGUUCUCAAAACUGGGACGGAGACUUCAAAGCAGAACGCUGCAUGCGCGUUGCUUAGUUUGGCGCUAUUGGAGGAGAACAAAGGCUCAAUCGGAGCCUGUGGUGCGAUUCCGCCGCUGGUUUCUCUUUUGUUGAACGGAUCUUGCAGAGGCAAGAAGGAUGCUCUGACGACGCUUUACAAGCUAUGUACGCUUCAGCAAAACAAGGAGAGAGCGGUUACUGCCGGAGCGGUGAAGCCGUUGGUGGAUCUUGUGGCUGAGGAAGGGACUGGAAUGGCGGAGAAAGCGAUGGUUGUUUUGAGCAGCUUGGCAGCGAUUGACGAAGGUAAAGAGGCUAUUGUUGAGGAAGGAGGGAUCGCAGCGCUUGUUGAGGCCAUCGAGGAUGGAUCUGUGAAAGGGAAAGAAUUUGCGAUCUUGACGCUUUUGCAGCUUUGUUCUGAUAGCGUUAGAAACCGUGGGUUGCUUGUGAGGGAGGGCGCGAUUCCUCCGCUUGUGGGUCUCUCUCAGAGCGGCUCCGUCAGUGUUAGAGCCAAGCGCAAGGCAGAAAGACUUCUGGGGUAUCUACGUGAGCCAAGGAAGGAGGGAAGUUCAUCAAGCCCUUGAAAUGCAACCAUGUGGAGGUUUCAUCAGUCUAGUAUGUAUAUACUGAGUGUAUGUUUGGUGGUUUUGUAUAGUGUCUUUGUGUAGACUGUAAAAGAGAGAUCAAAUGAUUACCAGAAACUUGACUGACUUUUGAUCUCUCUCAUGUAUUGAUGAUUAAGCUAGUUUUUGAGGGGUUUCAAGGGAGAGUGCUUGUUUGGAUUACAAGUCUAGCAUUCAGGUUUUGGCUUCUGGUUUGUGAGGUGGGGUGGAUUAUGCUGAUUUUUAAGGCAAAAAGCUUGUAGUAGCGUCGGCAAAAUGCUUGUUCAAGAACUAAGCAAUUUUUAAUCGAUAUUUCUUGAUCAAAUUGUUUUAAC